UUGUAUUUUUUUAUCAGUAAUUAUUCAUCAUGGGGUUUGGAAGUUCAAAGCCACUGCCACUGCCAGAGAACAUGAACGCAGUGAUAGUAGGUGGUGGAUAUGGUGGGACACAGAUGGCGAAUAACCUGAAAGGUCGAUGCAAUGUGAUACUGAUUGAUCCAAAGGAUGCAUUCCAUCAUAACAUGGCGGCAUUGAGAGCGGCCGUAGAACCAGGUUUUGCACCAAAGACACUGAUUCCAUAUCAAAAAACUUAUGGGGAUGUUUUUAAGCGUGGUUUAGUGACCUCAAUAAACACUGAUGAAAAUAGUGUAGUUCUGGACACUGGAGAGAAAGUUCCUUUCACUCAUCUGUUCAUAGCAACGGGAUCAAGAGGACCAUUUCCAGGGAAACUGGUUUCCCCUCCAAAAGUCAGUCUGGAAAAAGGAGUAGAGAUGUAUUCAAAUAUUGCUGACCAGAUCAAGAAUGCCAAGGACAUCGUGGUGGUAGGGGGUGGUGCAGUAGGUGUGGAGUUAGCCGGUGAAAUCGCCACUGAUUACAAGGACAAGAAAGUGACCUUGGUCCACCCCCAUCAAAGGCUAGCCGAUCCAAAAACCAAUGACCAAUUUCAAGAUCAAAUCAAAAGUCAACUGAAGGACCUUGGUGUGAAUGUGCUCCUUGGAGAAAGAGUGAGUAAUCUGAGUGAGUUACCGGCAUGUCAGACUAUGUCCACUUUGAAUACAGUGAAAACAGACACUGGUAAAGAGAUUGGUGCCGAUUUGGUUGUGCCUUGUACUGGGCUCAGGACAAAUACAUCUGCUUAUGAAAACGGUUUAGCGGACAAGAUGGAUAAAGAUGGCUGCUUGAAAGUGAAUGAAUAUUUCCAGGUUGAGGGAACAAAGAACAUUUAUGCAUUUGGUGAUUGUGCCAAUGUAGCAGAGACUAAAUUAGCAUACAAUGCCGGGGUACAUGCUGAUAAAAUUGCCAAGAAUCUUGAGAAUGAAGCUGCGGGCAAGCAACUUGCAGCAUAUAAACCAGCCAAUUUCUUCAUGGCGAUGUCCUGUGGCCGAAAUGGUGGCAUGAUGCAGAUGGGCGGAUGGGUAGUCGGUAGUUUUGUUGCCAGGCGACUAAAAUCUGGACAGGUGUUUGUUCCCAUGGUGUGGAAGAAGAUGGGACAACCGAUACCUGAAAGCAAACCUUAAGGUGCCAUUUGGAGAAUAAAAUGAAAACUGAAAUACAAGUAGUAUAAUAUAAUUAUGAAUAUAGAGCCAUUUUUUUUAAAUUCUAUUUUACAUACUCAUUAGGUCUUUAGAAUUAUCUUAUCAACAGAAAAUCUGUUUCUUCGUGAUUUGUAUUUAAUAUUUAAGAGCUUUAUAAUUAACCAACUCAGCAAUUAAGGUGGCUAUUAUUAUUUUGGAAACAUCAAUAUACAAUGUAUUCUGUGUUGGUACUGUGAACUGUGCUAAAUAUUGUAGCAGUGAAAAUAUUGUUGUAUCAAAUGCCAUCAAAUCAUGAAAUUGCUAUAAAAUUAAGUGGUUUACACUAUAUACGUGUAUAUAUGUAUACUGUUUUUAUACUGACAAAAAAUUCAGAUUGCAAUUUCUCAUGAAAUGUGCAUGUUUUGCAAUUUCGAACUGCACAUACAAACAUCAAUUUUUUCACUUAUUCAAAUUCUGAGAGUCUAAGUUAUAUAGCACUGUUCAUUAAUAUUCAAAUAUGCUAACAAGUGUAAUAUGAAUGACAUAAUCAUUUGAUGUAGUUGCACAGUAAAAAAGUUUGAAAAAAUUGCUAUUUUUCAUCAAAAUUAAUAGUUUUUUGAUAAUUGGUAUUUGUCAUUGAUCAUGUGAAUAAUGAAUAUUAAUGUGAUUAUUAGUAAUGAAAUGGUUGACAACAAGACUCGGGAGACAGGGUGGAAGCAUUCUUGGAUUUUGAAAGUUAGUAAUGACAAUGAAAUAUUUUCUUAAAAUAUUUGCCAUUGAUCACAUGAAUAAUAAAUAUUAAUGUAAUCAACAUCAAUGGAAUGGUUGACAACAAGACUCAGGAGACAGGGUGGAAGCAUUUUC